AUGCCAAAAUCAUUAGAAAAAUAUUAUGCUGUUCGUGUUGGAAACAAAACAGGAAUUUACAAAAACUGGGAAGAUUGUAAAAAACAAAUUCAUAAAUAUCCUGAUGCGUAUGCUGGAAUUGGAGUUUUUUUUAAAGAUAAUGAUCCUAGAAAUUUAUCUGAGAGAUUACCUGGUACAAACCAAACAAAUAAUAGAGCAGAAAUAUUUGCUGUUAUUAGAGCAAUUGAAAUUUCUAAAAAUGAUCAAAAUAUAAUUAUUAAUACAGAUAGUACUUAUGUUAUUAAUAGUUAUAAAGUAAAAAAUCCAAAAAAAAAUUUUGAUUUAGUGAAUAGGAUGAAUGAUUUGAUAAAAGAAAGAAAAGGUAAAGUAAUUUUUAAACAUGUAAGAGGUCAUAGUGGUAUCUAUGAAAAUGAGAAAGCAGAUAGAUUUGCAUAUUUAGGAUCACAAAAAUCUCAUAUAGAACUUAUUUUACCUGAAAGAAAAGGAACAAUAAAAAAUUAUUUUAAAUAA